AACAAUCAACAACUACAUACCUAUACACCUACCAACACAAAUUUCCAUCUCACAAUUCCCAUGCACAUGAGCACAUAUGAGCACAUACAUUUUGAGAGCGUUCUCGUAAAUCAUUCGAAAUAAUCGCCGUUGUCCGAAUCAAUUCAUUACAGCGAAGUUACCCGUAAGAGAACGCUAUUUGCGUACCUACCUCUUACCUGGGUAUCUCAUGCCCUAACCAUCAUCUGAUUUCUGCCCUCUUCUACUUACUAAUGCCGAAUAAGCCUUUUUUAUUUUUUAUGUUUUAAGAUGGCGUUUCCCCCAACUCGUCUAUCCGUUCCUGCUGGGCCCAGUGAUACUGAUGAUAUAGAUAAUAUUUCACUGGCCUCCACUGAUUACGGAGUCAACAGUGAAGAUCAGGAUAAAGAAUGGACCGUCGCAGACCUCUACGCCGAACGGCCUCACCCGGAAAGGCCUGGCGAGAGACAGUACCUGAUCAAGUGGGAGGGUUUUCCGAUGGACCAAUGUACGUGGGAGCCAGUGGAAAACUUAGGACCGGGUCUCCUUGCGCAAUGGGAGGAGAUCCAGGAGGAAAUUGCAAACGGACAGCGCCAGCCUUUUGACGUUGAAAUAUAUAAUACUGCAUGCAGAGAAAAGGCAGAAAGGCACGAGAGACGGAAUGCAAAACGGAAGAGACUGGGGCUACCUCUCACUGCUCCUCUGCCCCUUGAAUCUCCUACUGAGGAUUCUUUUACCACGUUUGCCUCUGGGAAUGAAAUGGACCUCGACGACGGGCUUAAAGAGACGAGUAACGUUGACAUGGGCAAUCCAAAACCUAAGAUAAAACCUCAGAAAAUCAUUAAGCAGAAGACGUUUAAUGGAAUCCCAACUCCUGCAGAGGCGGGCUCAGUUCAAAAUAAAGGCAAAAAUAAACGGGCAUCAACGCACCCGAUACCGAUACCGUCUACGCCGGCCCAGCGGCCUUUGAAGCCAACAGGUACUACCAUGACCGGGUACCAAGGUACCGCAAGGAAGCCGAGUUCAACAUUGAAGGCUCCUUCAUCGCUUCCGCCGAAGAUGUCGUCUAGCCUGGCGAACAAAUUUUCUGGGAAGCGGCAUACAGCGACUCGUACUCAACCUCAACCAGCUGCCUUACCUACACGAAAAACCAACGUCUUCGUUGGGGGUAAAGAACGGAAGAAACGGGCGAGUCUUGGCGAUGUCAUGGAUGACCCGUCGAAGACACCGAAGGCCUUCAAUUCAUUGCGUGUCAUAAAUAUCGCCAAAAAACGGGGUAUCGAAAGAAUUGAUGGAGCGCACCUUGACAUCUCAUCUAUCCCGACCAGUUUCAUCGUAACAAAUGACCAGCGAAGUCGGCCAAACCCGGGCCAGACAAAUGCAAGUUCCCCAAUUACCCCCAUAGCAAAUGCUCCAGUUGUACAAAGUCCUACGGCAAUAUCGCCGAAUGACACGAGCACAACUACACCGACACUCAAGGCGAAGAAGUCUGUUCGCUUUACUGGAGCGCAGAAUGACGCAUCGGAGGAUACGCCCAUGGGCGGAACCACGGACGACGGAGUCGGUCCUGUUGUUCAUAGUCCAAUGGAUAUCGAUCAUCCCCCAGAAACUCCGGACUCGGUUAAAGUUCACCCGUCAAGAAGACUGUCCUUGGCCACCUACCAGGAGCGGGGGCAGACUCAGGUCGUUCUAAAGACAGUCGUAUUCGGAAAGAGUGGAUCGGAGCCGAUUCAAGUCCUAUUCUGUGGCAUCCCUCGCCAAGUUCAGCCUUGGCUGUUGGCUUUUAUGGAGCAAGAAACAUUCCAUUUUGAUUCCAUCUGUUCUUCGUACAAUUUUGUCUCUCGCCAAAUUGAUCUAACUGGCAAAGCUGCUUUAGCUAGGGAAGCUCUCUCUGUCGGUACGGUAGAGGCCAAGUCCGAGGAGCUUUCGUCAGCCUUGAGUAAUGUGGCGGAACACCUUCGACGAAGCUCAUGUGCUAGUCACCUAAUCACCGAACAAUUUUCAAUUCUCGUCUAUCCUUCAAAAUGUGACGGCUGGGACAAACUUGGCGUCGAUGUAAGCAAACUCAACUCAGAGUCUCAUUUGCGAUACAUAAUCUAUAAAUCGCGUGAGGAUAUGAAACUCUACCCCCCAGCGUCCGUCCCUCGUGCUCCAAUCCGACUGAGCCAUGUGGAUCAGGGAUCCCAUUGCCGAGUACUUGUGAAGGACUUACUUGAGUUGGAUUUCUCUUUAUUUUUGCCUCAAAACCCUAAAGAGAAGGAUAAGCAGGUGUUCAUGCUGCUUUUCCCCGAAAGAGAAACACAAGUAUGCAAUAUGAUUAAGCUUUGGCUCCGUUCAUGUCAACCAGCCUGCCAAAUAUUCAUCUACGGAGUCAAGGACAGCUGGGCACACUUCCACGAGACCGUGCAAGCAGGUAAAGCGGGUACCAUCAUCAUGCACGAAGAUGUCAGCAUUUCCAUCCGAAAGUUACCACGUAUCUUUCAGAUGAUAGAUAGUAAAUGCUGUUAUACAUUUUGGGACCUUGCUACGGGUCAAUACAACCCACCAAGAUUCCCUUCGGCUAUAGACGCGUCUAUCGAACCUGGCACACUCCAACUAACACGAUUAUUUCCCCAGGGCCGAGCCUUUUUGAUCACGCCCAGUUUUGCACUGUCAGAUCCGGUCCGGCUUCACAAGUUCCUGGAAUGGUUUAGAAACUACUGCUGCAACCCUCAUUAUCUGAUUAUGGCCUGUGCAGAUUUUCCGGACUACCUUAAAGUAGUUACGUUAGAGAAAGAAGCGGAACGAAAGAAGAUGUGUUUAGCACAUAAAAACAAUCCUCACCUUGAGGAGCUCUUGGCAGAAUCUGGUUUAGGGAAGCAAGAGCUCGAGGCAAGAUUCCGAGCGUGGGAGGUCCUGAAGGGGAUCAUAGCCGAUUUUGGAGACGAAGAAACGAGUGACGAGAUCCGGAAAGUGGAAUGGGUCACAGAUUUUAUCGAUCCAAACGACGAGCAGAGUUUGGUGAAUUAUUUCUGUUGGUGGUCUAGCUUGAAGUGUGAUCUAUAUCGCAAAUUUACCGUGCUUGGCUCGAAUAACAACAGAAACAGAGCCGCCUACAGGAAUAUCGAGAUUCCUGUCUAUACAGAAGAAACGAUCAACGACCCCGACAUGGCUUCGGCGCGUGAGAAAUUAAAAGAGUCUGCCCUUAACGCCUCCGUAGCCCCUGGUAGCGCGAGCAGAUCGUCUGCCCCACAUGCAUUACUUCCUCGUUCGUCCCCCGACAGCGAUAGCGCCUCUGAUCUCAAUCAAUGGAUCGUUACUCUCCCCGACCGCCUGAUGAGAAAAGGAAAUUGGGCCAGGCUGCACUCCAAGCCCGUUUCGUGGCUGAAUGUGUCGAUGGCUGACCACUUCGGUGAUCCAAUGUGCGAGUACGAUACCUUCAAAAACUGGCUAGGUGCUGCUCCCAAGUUUUCGGGCGUUAACACUUGGUAUGGUCUAUUCUACACCAUAGACACCGAGUGGAAUCCCCAGUUGCCUCCCGGCGAGUACGGGCGCCACCCUUGGAUCGCGGUAGUUAGACCGAAGAACCCCCAUGUCAAAAAGAUUCCAUAUGCCGAGAUGGAAUUGUUUAUCUGGGAUAUGUUCGCCCACGGCCGAGAGUCUGGACGCGGGGAAGCCACGCUGCUUAACAUGCAGCGACAUCUAGUCGACCUUGUUAAAACGGAGAUGCCGCUGAAGGAUCCAAAGUACUACCUUGGCGAAGUCUAUAUCGGUAGUAGAAGCGACUCAGUAUAUAACCCGAGGGGUAGUCCCUUAGGCUUCACAAAGCGAAUGAUACAGGAAAUGAUGGCGGAUGGCUGGCGAUGGCUACCUCCUAGAGAACCUCUUUUACCAGAUAAGGGCUGGAUACGAAUUCCAAAGGAAGAGUGGCAAGGAGGAGUGGCACACUCAAAAACACAAAAGCAGAAGUCAAUACCCAAACACGAGAGCGAUAAGAAUAAGCUUGAAAGGUCUAUAUGGCAUGCACCGCGUUCUGGAACCAAAUUCGAGAAGUCAGCAUGCGUCAACGAUCUUUAUGAGGCAGCUUAUAGCGCCCGGACGAAGGACCCAUUGUGUCAGACGAUGAGAUACCAGUAUAGAUCGACUCUGGACUGGUAUCACGACAUGAAGGCGGAAGGUCGCGAUUCGAGUCACGUCCAGGUCGACAGUGCGGAGAGAAUUUUGAACAAGUUAUUUCAGAAGAAAUAGAGUUCUAAUGGGAAGCUUGGUCCUCACCUCACGUCUAAAAAAACCUAAGGAAGAUUCUAAUGGGGAACGUAAAAUUUGUUAAUUUGGAAAGCUUUGGAUCGAGGCGGGGUUUAGGAGGGCUUGGGCAGAAAUAUACCCCUGUGCGCUGUGUUUGCCGCGAUUCAAAGCCUUAGGUCUGUCUGCCUCAUGAUUCAGCUAGCCAAGUUUACAGAACUUGAGUAUACUGUGGAACUGAGAGAUAUUUGUACAUGCGUCUUGUUAAUUAUGCCAAUGAAUAAAUAGUAACGCAAUACAAGCA